AAAAGCAGACGUUGACUUCUCUGUUAACUUCAACGGACAUUGUGACAAUGGCUGACGGUUUGCUUGGAGCAUGGUCCGAUCCAAGGGAGCCUGACGGAGUUCAGGAGAUUUGUGAUCAGGUGAAGCCCCACCUGGAGCAAAAGACAAAUAAGAUAUAUAUGGAAAUCAGAGCAGUUGAAUUCAGGAGCCAGAUUGUGGCUGGAACAAACUUCCUCAUCAAGGUUCAUGUUGGAGGAGAAAAAUAUAUUCAUCUGUUUGUCUUCAGGGCACUUCCAAGCAAUGGAGGUGGGAUCGAGCUGCGUAAAGUACUGGAGGACCAAACCAAAGAAGAACCCCUCGUACCUUUCUAA